AUGGCUCUGGCAGUGAUAACAAUCAGACCAAAAUCCGGUAAAUUCUUUGAUUCCAAACCAUACCGUUGUGGAACACCAGAAGAUGUGAAAUAUCUUGUGGACAAAGCGCAUGAAGCCGGCAUAUUUAUACUGCUUGAUGUAGUCCAUUCACAUGCAUCGAAAAAUGUGGAUGAUGGGCUAAAUGAAUGGGAUGGUACCCAGAAUAGCUAUUUUCAUGAUAACUCACGCGGAAAAAUUUUUAGAAUUGAAACAUUACGUUUCUUGCUAUCCAAUCUUCGUUGGUGGAUUGAUGAAUAUGGCUUUGAUGGUUUUCGUUUUGAUGGAGUAACAUCGAUGUUAUAUCAUUCGCACGGAAUUGAUGGUUAUGGCUUUGGUGCGUCCCUUGUUGCUCCAGUUGAAGGCACUUCGCCGCCGGCAAUUAUAAGGCAGAUGAUUGAAUGCUACGGAAAUGAGGACCCCAAACUCACCGUGAGUUAUGUUGCAGCCGAUGCACUGGAUGGUGGUUAUGAUAUGUAUUUUGGCCUGAACGCGGAUACCGAUUCGAUCGUCUAUCUGAUGCUCGCCAACUCGUUUCUUCAUCGCAAAUUCCCGAACAUUGUCACCAUUGCUGAGGAAGUAAGUGGUAUGCCAGCGUUAUGUAGACCAGUGGAAGAGGGUGGUCAAGGAUUUGAUUAUCGUCUGGCCAUGGCUUUGCCGGAUAUGUGGAUUAAGUUUCUGAAGCAUUCU